CGCAUGCGCAGUGCGCCGGCCGUUACCUGUCAGCGGAGGCGGCGGGCGGAGGAGUCGGCGGCGGCGGGAUGGAGGGGCUCAUCCCGCUCGUCAACCGGCUGCAGGACGCCUUCGCGGCGCUGGGCCAGAACUGCCUGCUCGACCUGCCGCAGAUCGCGGUGGUGGGAGGGCAGAGCGCCGGCAAGAGCUCUGUGCUGGAGAACUGCGUCUCCAGGGAUUUUCUUCCACGAGGUUCUGGGAUUGUAACAAGACGACCAUUGGUGUUACAGCUUGUCACUGCCAAAACAGAGUAUGCUGAAUUUCUACACUGCAAAGGAAGAAAGUUUACAGAUUUUGAUGAAGUUCGUCAGGAAAUUGAAGUAGAAACAGAUAGAAUAACAGGAGUGAACAAAGGGAUUUCUUCAAUUCCUAUUAAUUUAAGAAUAUAUUCUCCACAUGUACUAAGCCUGACUCUUAUUGACUUACCGGGAAUCACUAAAGUGCCAGUAGGAGAUCAGCCUCCAGAUAUCGAGCAGCAGAUAAGAGACAUGAUAAUGCAGUUCAUCUCUCGAGAAAACUGUUUGAUAUUGGCCGUGACUCCAGCUAACACGGAUCUGGCCAACUCAGAUGCUCUGAAGUUAGCUAAAGAAGUAGACCCUCAAGGCCUUAGAACCAUUGGUGUGAUCACAAAAUUGGAUCUGAUGGAUGAAGGAACAGAUGCAAGAGAUGUUCUAGAAAAUAAACUACUUCCUCUUCGUAGAGGUUAUAUUGGUGUUGUGAACAGAAGCCAAAAGGACAUUGAUGGGAAGAAGGACAUAAAGGCAGCUCUUCUAGCAGAAAGGAAAUUCUUUCUUUCCCACCCAGCAUACAGGCACAUGGCAGAUCGGAUGGGAACGCCGUAUCUUCAGAAAGUUCUAAACCAGCAACUUACCAAUCAUAUUCGGGAUACCCUGCCAGCCUUCAGGAGCAAACUUCAGAGCCAGCUGCUUUCUAUAGAACAUGAAGUAGAGGUAUACAAAAACUUCAGACCAGAAGAUCCAACCAGAAAAACAAAAGCCUUGUUGCAGAUGGUACAGCAGUUUUCAGUGGACUUUGAAAAAAGAAUUGAAGGAUCAGGAGAUCAGGUCGAUACACUAGAACUUUCAGGUGGUGCCAAAAUCAAUCGUAUUUUCCAUGAACGUUUCCCUUUCGAACUAGUGAAGAUGGAGUUCAAUGAGAAAGAGCUGCGGAGAGAAAUAAGUUAUGCAAUCAAGAACAUACAUGGUAUCAGAACAGGUUUAUUUACUCCAGAUAUGGCAUUUGAAGCUAUUGUUAAAAAGCAGAUAGUGAAGCUGAAAGGACCUUGCUUAAAAAGUGUGGAUCUAGUGAUGCAGGAGUUAAUCAACACUGUCAAGAAGUGCACUAAAAAGUUGGCAACCUAUCCAAGAUUAUGUGAGGAAACAGAAAGAAUUGUUGCUGGCUACAUUCGUGAAAGAGAAGAGAAGACCAAGGAUCAGGUGCUGCUGCUGAUUGAUAUCCAGGUUUCUUACAUCAACACCAACCAUGAAGACUUCAUUGGCUUUGCAAAUGCCCAACAAAGAAGCAGUCAGGUUAACAAAAGUGCAGUGGGAAAUCAGGGAACCAAUCUACCGCCUUCAAGGCAAAUUGUCAUCCGGAAGGGCUGGCUGACCAUCAACAAUAUUGGCAUCAUGAAAGGAGGAUCCAAGGAAUACUGGUUCGUUCUAACUGCAGAAAGCCUGUCUUGGUAUAAAGAUGAUGAGGAAAAAGAGAAGAAGUACAUGCUUCCUCUGGACAACUUGAAAGUGCGUGAUGUUGAAAAGAGCUUCAUGUCUAGCAAACAUAUCUUUGCAUUGUUUAACACGGAGCAGAGGAAUGUUUACAAGGAUUACCGUUUCCUUGAACUAGCCUGUGACUCCCAAGAAGAGGUGGAUAGCUGGAAGGCAUCUCUGCUACGAGCCGGUGUCUAUCCUGAUAAAUCCUCAACUGAAAAUGAUGAGAAUGGCCAAGCGGACAAUUUUUCAAUGGACCCCCAGUUGGAGAGACAGGUGGAGACAAUUCGAAAUCUGGUGGAUUCCUACAUGUCUAUUAUCAACAAAUGUAUCCGAGAUUUGAUACCGAAAACAAUCAUGCACCUUAUGAUCAAUAAUGUGAAAGAAUUUAUCAACGCUGAGCUCCUGGCUCACUUGUAUUCUUCUGAGGACCAAAAUACUCUAAUGGAGGAAUCAGCUGAGCAGGCACAGAGGCGAGAUGAAAUGCUCCGCAUGUACCAAGCUCUAAAGGAAGCCCUAGCAAUCAUUGGCGAUAUCAGCACUAGCACUGUGUCAACCCCUGCACCACCUCCUGUAGAUGACUCUUGGCUUCAGCAGGCCCGCAGAUCACCUCCUCCAAGUCCCUCAACUCAGAGGAGGCCUACAUUAAAUAAUCCCCCAACCAGACCUUUAUCUGGCCGAGGACCUGCUCCUGCAAUCCCAUCUCCAGGCCCUCAGUCAGGGGCUCCCCCAGUCCCGUUCCGCCCAGGACCGUUGCCACCAUUUUCAAGUGGUGGUGAAGCCCAUGGAGGACCUCCCCAAGUUCCAUCCCGGCCGACGCGGGCUCCUCCCAGUGUCCCAAGUCGAAGACCACCCCCCUCACCUACUCGGCCCACUGUAAUUCGUCCAUUAGAUUCAUCCCUGUUAGACUAAAUGAAGUUUCUGGCAUGCCACUCAUUGUUAACCAAAUAUGUGGAAGCAAACUGCUUGAUAACUGUUGCAAUAACCAAUGUAUAGUCGCAUGUAUGGACGUCCAUAGGCAAGUAACCAAUUUUACUGAUAUAUCUCUGUCCAUUCUGCAUUGUUUAUGAGCUCUCAAAUGUUUUGGGAAGGUCUGUGCUGUCUUGACUUUUCCUUCUGCAGUAGCUGAUGUUAGCUAAUGUACUGACACACGUGUUCACCCAGGCACCCGUGCUCACAAUCCUAUACAGUCAAAGGAAGACUUGAGUCUGUGUUUGUGCACGUGUUGAUUUUAGCUGCUGCUUUUUCUCUUACCUGCCGAAAUCUUGCUUUUAUUUGUACCUUUCAUGUUUUCUGUCACGUGGUGUUUUACAGUUGUGCCCACUUUCUAUGUUAAUGGCUAAACUGGGCAGAGAAAAGCGUGGUUUCUUAUCAAGCUCUUCUGAAGGCCUCACGCUUUCAUCUCUCUUGCAAGGAGUUUGCUGGAACGCUGCUUCUCCUAUCAUUUUUUCUGAUCUGCAGCUAAGUUUAUAAGGAAUAUUGCUAAACUAGAAGGAUGUGUGUGAGACAGUGUGUGCUUCACUUUCCUUCCCCUCUGCUGACUGAUAGCAGAGCUGGUUGGGUGGCAGGUAAGGAGCAGGCUGCAGCACCCCGGCUUGUAAGCUGUGGAGCUGGCUCACCCUGCAGCAAAGAUUUGAGAAGGGCAUUUUGAAGAGCCAGUGUGUGACAGAGCAGGCUGUGCCAGCUUGCUUUGUCCUCUGGUAGCGCUCACUCACAUCGGUCCUCCCACUGAACUCAUGUGAAGCCUUGUGUGUAAGUGAGAGCAUGUGAUAUGUAUAUAUAUGCUGCGUGGAAGGGUCCAGAGAACUGAGAGAUGUAUAUAUGUAUAAAUAUAUGCACAGCUGUACAUGGGCCCACUGUGGGAGCCAGUUCAGAGCUAUGGCCUAGAUCUGCAUCUGGGCUUUCCAAGGGAUCCCAUUUGGGUUUGAGAUAUUUGCUCACACCAGUCGAUAAAGUUCCACAACGUCCACUAAGUAUUUUCCCUUUGUGUCUCUUGACAUUCUACUCACUUCAGAUUAGGAGUCAUUGUAUCCAAAAAGGUGCUGAGAAAUGCUCAGCUGUGCAUCCUGGCCAUGCAUUUUUUUUAGCAGAUGUUCACUUUCAGAAGUUCUCUGCCUGUUUUACACUGUGUAUUAAUGUAAUAUAAAAAACCUUUUGUCUUAACUGCGUUCCUUAACUUUAAACACUUAAGCUCAGCAACACCCCUGUAAUUUAAAACUUCUUGAGUUGACAGGAUUAAAACAGAGAUGAAGUUGGCCUUGUGUAGUCAGAAAAUAUUAAUUGCUGUUAUUGCAAUUAUGGUUACAGAUCCCUAGGCAAAGCGAUUGGUGGUUUCAAAGUCCCCCGCUAUAAUCAGUCUAAUAAAUUCACUUAUUGAAGCUGUAUGUAGGGCUCCAGUAUGCUGCAGCCCCGUGGUUAGGAAGAAUCCAAUCAAGGAGCCACAACCAGUGGGGAUUUUGCCCAUUAAAUAUUCCCAGGCCGCUGAUUGAAUAACAGUUACGUUCACUACCAAAGCAAAUCGUGUUUCUGCUUGUAGAAGAGAAACGAGUUCGGGAAAGCAUCGUGAUUUGUAUGCUAGCCUGACUUUAAUUUCCUGUCAACCACACACUUGUGACACACACCUGGGGAGCUGAGGUCAACAUCUGAAGCACGGGGAAACUUGUCAGAGCACCGGCAUCUCGGUGAGCUCAGAAGAUUGCUUAAAUGGCUGCUGUUUGUUUGGGGAGUAGGCUUAGAUCCUCCACGCGGAGCACACAGAAUCAGCUUUCAAGGAUGAAAAGGUUGUAAAGUCAACCGCAUUGUUCCACCUCAGCCACAGAAAGUCACCUUAAUCCCAGAUGUUGGUAUUCGUUCAGUGCUACGGCGAGCCCAUGGGCUGUGUUCAUCCCACUUUAUCCUAAGCACUUGGCUGAGUUGUCCAAGCUCUCCCAUUUGUUCUGUGGAAAGAGAAGGGAUGACUCAGACUGGUGUAAUUGCUUGGAAGAUGAGGGUGGCAAUGCCGGUAAGUUAGGAGCCUCAAUUAAAUGAUGUAGGUUUUGACUUAAAAAGGUGUGCUUAAAUCUUCUGUACUUGAGACUCCUUAAUUUACUUUGAUGACCCUUUCUGUCAAGAGUAAGGAAAUAGCACAGCUCAGUGCAGUGGCCCCAGUGUCAGCAGCAGUGCAUUCUGCACGCAGUUUUGAGCUCAUUUGAGGCUGCGCAGCCUUCCCAUCCUCUACAUCUCCAUCACAUCUAAAUAGGAACCUGCUCCUGAAAUACAGAGCUUUGAGACGUGUAAGCUAAUAACUGGUGUUGAGCACAGAUCCAUGGAUUGAUGAAUUCACCUCGAAUGUAUUGCAUAUACACUUUUUAGAAUAAACUAUAAAGAAUCGUUCCUAGGAAACAUGCUAAUUGCUUCCCAAGAAAUUGCCACUUGCAAUUGACUACAUACUCUCCUCCCUAGCUUUGACCCAUUUUCCUCGUGCUGUACAGUGCCUGGAAUGUGUUUGUUUGUCCUGCUGGCUCCUGAUUCUGGUAAGCUGUGUCUCUCCCAUCCCUUGUUCUCAGAGGAGCAAGUUGGC